AUGAGCCGCUACGACGUUGUUGUCUAUGGAGCUUCCGGUUUCACUGGAGCCUAUGUAGUCGAGUAUUUGGUGAAUUCCGAACAGUUCGAAGGACUCUCAUUCGCUGUCGCUGGAAGAAGCGAGAAGAAACUGAGAGAAGUUCUCAGAAAUGUCAGCCAGAAAACUGGAAAGGACGUCUCCGGAGCUGCUGUUAUCGUUGCCGAUUCCGCCGACGAGAACACGCUCAACCAAAUGGCCAGACAAGCGAAAGUUGUCAUUAAUGCCGUCGGACCGUACCGCCUCUACGGAGAAGCAGUCGUCAAGGCCGCCGUCGAGAACGGAGCAAAUCACGUGGAUAUCUCUGGAGAACCAGCAUGGAUCGAGAAAAUGCAACAAAAGUACGGAGCCGAGGCCAAGAAACAAGGUGUCUAUGUUGUUUCCGCAUGCGGUUGGGACUCAAUUCCAGCUGAUUUAGGAGUGAAUUUCUUGAAGAAGAAUUUCAAUGGAGAUCUAAACCACGUUGAAUCAUUUGUUCAAUUGGUCACUGGACCAUCUGGAUAUUCUUUCAAUGCAGGAACAUAUCAGACAUUGAUUUUGGGAUUGAAUGGAGCAGCUACUGACAAAUUGGGAGCUGUCAGAAAAGAGAUUAUGCCAGAGAAAAUUGUCAGAGGGACUGUGAAGGUGCCAAAGAGACCAACUCUUUGGGAGAUUAAAGAAAAAGAGCUCGGAGGAGUCGCUGUGCCAUUCCCAGGAGCCGACAAAUCAAUCAUCAAUCGUUCCCAAUACUACGAUGCAACAGUCCGUCAUACUCGUCCAAUUCACAUGGAAACAUACAUUCGCCUCUCAUCCCAAUUCUACGGAUAUCUAAUUGGACUCUGGAUCAUGUUCCUCUCCAUCUUUGUCAAAUAUCCAUUCACCAGAAGAAUUCUUCAAAAAUAUCCAGAUCAGUGCAGUUUCUACAUGUUCAAGAACUCGGGACCAUCUGCUGAACAAAUGGCUGAGGCCUCUUUCGUCUAUUGGUUCUUCGGAUACGGAUACAAAGAGGUUCUUCCAGUUGAUCAACAACAUGAGGGAAAACCAAAUCGCAAAGUGGUUGCCACGUGCAAGGGACCAGAUGCUGGAUAUAUUGCAACUAGUGGAUGUGUUUUGUCUUCUGCUUUGGCUUUGAUCAGAGAUAAGGAUAGCUUGCCAAAGGAAGGAGGUGUCUACACAACUGCUGCGGCUUUCGGUGACUCCAAGAUCUACGACUACUUGGCAUCUUUCGGAAUCACUUACCAAUUGGAAUCGGAAUAUGACCUCUAA